ACCAAAACAUUCUUCCCAAGAUGGCAGCAUGCUGACAGUUUAAGAAUUCUCAGAAAAGAGGCUGAUUCAGGUGUUGGAUUUUCGCCAAUUUAUCCAAGACACUCCUCCAUUCCCUCGGAGACAGUUCCUUACAGUCUUGAAUCUCCAGUUUUCUACUCUGAGGAGGAAAUGGCGGACGAGCCCGGACACAAGGCCAUGCUGUACUUUCUAGAGAUCUUGAUGAACUCUGGAGUGCCACUCACCAUAAGUCAGCUGGCUGGAAGGUUUGGGAGUAAGAGCUUUACCCCAGACAUGCGCCAGGCAUGUGGUGGCAAUGAGUCUGGCUUAAAGAAGUUUCUGUUGAAAUUCCCUUCAUUAUUUUGUGUCAGUGGAAAUUUGGUGAGUUUGAAUGAUGGAACGGCUAAUCUUGGGAAGAAUUUUCGUGAAAGCAGCCCUGCUUCAACUACCUCUGAUGUCUCAGUUGAGACUGAGGCUGUGCAGUACUUUCGAGCUAAGAUCAUCAGGAAAGGCGAGAAGUGGAUGCAUGUUCUGAGCCUAGCAGGCCAUCUCUCACAGGCAAAUGCAGAGAUCCGCGAUUGUGUUGGCCCACAGAACCAGUUCAGAGAGUGGCUGGAACGACAUCCUCUUAUAUUUGACAUCCGAGGAGACCAGGUCUCAUUGAAGGACAAUAUAAACUACAGUGCUGUCAACCCCUCUUCUGAAUCUCUGGACCUUGAUGGCAUUCAGUUCAAUGCCAAUCAGCGUUAUUCAGUUGGUGACAACAAUCGCUACUCUGUUGGAGAUAACCCCCGCUACUCUGUUGGAGAUAACCCACGCUACUCUGUUGGGGAUAAUCCUCGAUACUCUGUAGGUGACAAUCCCCGCUUCUCUCAGUCUGUUGGAGACUUCAAUCAACAGCCAAGAACACCAAAACUUAAACGUCGCCCAAAAUCAAUAGAAAUUCCUCCAAAUUCCCCAAAACCUUCGUCUCUGUCACGUACACCAUCAUUUACCUCACAGAAUCUACCUACUCCUCUAAGUGCAAAAUCUGGGCCUGCUACCAUGACUGCAAAUGAAUACAAGGCUGUUAUGUUUCUGAAAGGAAUAAUUGAAAAGAAGGGUGACAUGAAAUUAAAUGGACUUACUGGUCAUUUUAGUCAGGCUCCGGAAAGUUUACGAAAUACCAUCGGUUGGAGUAAGCCAGAACUUGAAAAAUUUGUUCGGAGUCAUGCUAAUAUCUUUGUCAUUUCUGAAGAUGAGACAGUAUCCGUUAUCAAGAAUGCCAGAUUGAAUGUCAUCAUUACAGGCAGUAGACCAAGUUCUACCCCGACUAAGGCUGGGAAGCAAGGUCAAGGUCGUGUAUACCAUGUUGCCAAGCUGUGGGGAAUUGUUGAUUUAGGCAAGCAUGAGCAUGUGUUUAUUGACAGGACAAUAUUUGGAAAGCAGAUCGAUGACUUAAAUAAACUGCUGACUGUUGGAGAAAUGGUGUGCUUUGAUUCAAUCCCUGCACCAAAGGGCAGCAGAGCUCGUUGGAGGGCCAUUAAAAUUUGGAAGGAGCAUGAGUCUAUUGAGGACCUUGUUGACAAAGUUACAGCUCGUCUAGGUUAUACGUUGAGUGACGGCUCUUUCCGGGAACCAAUGACACCAAACAGUCCAAUGCCAAUCUCAAACAUUGAUGAAGAAAUCCGUCGAAUGAUACCCGAGUUGAAUGACUCAAGUGUCAUCCAAUCUCCUGUCAACGUUGGUGGGAUUAAGUACUCAUUCUCAGAUGCUGCCCCAAGUGGUGCCGGGGUGGUACCAGUUUGGAAUUUCCGGCAUCAAGAGCUCUCAGCUAUGCGUGACAUUGAUGACCUUGACCUGAGUGACGACAGCGAUGCCCCGAGCCUCAGUAUGGUUGCCGAGAAAUACUACAUGAACCGAUCUGUUCUGGGAGACACGCCAAAGAAGGACAGUGGCGAAACAGAAGUAAAUGGCCAGGAUCAAGCGAAACCUGAGGAAAAGAAGACAGCGACUACCAUCGGCUGUCAGACGAUCGUUACUGGUGAGGUGUUGGCCACGCAGCUUUUUCAUGAGGAUGUAUGAAUUCCUGAUACUGCUCAUGAGCAGGGCUUGGGCUGCAUUACAGAAGGAACUUGAUACAUUAUUAAAUAUCAAAGCUGAAGUUCAAACUUCUGAAAUGUGCUUAUACUGAUAUUUUCUUGAACAAACUUUGAAUUCUUUGUAAUCCUCGGUAGGGAAGUAUGUAAAUCAUUAAUGAAAACAAAGACUGGACUAUCAUGCAUAUUUAUGAAGUUAUCAUCCCUUAACUGUAAUCAGUUCUUGUCCGAGCAAAAUACUAGAGGGAUAGAAAUUAAACUUUAUAUAGAGAAAGAUACCAAUGAGAAGAAGUGCAGUGCUCAAGAACCAUAAUCCUGCCCUUCAUAUUAUUAGUUAAUCUCCCGUUACCUGAUAUACCUCGAUAAUGGGUGCUUGUCUGAAAGUACCAAAGGGAUUAAAAUGAAACUCGGAAUGUAGAUAGAUGGAAAAAAAAGUUGAAUUGGAGGACCCAAGAAUCAUGAUCCUAUCUCAUGUGUGCUUGUCCAAGCCAUAUCUUAAAAUUUACUUGAGAGAUAUAAAUGAAUCUUGGCAUAGAAAUAGAUAGCAAUGACAGAGUGUAGUACCAAAGAAUAGUAAUUUGUUUUAAUUCAGUCAUCUCCCCUUAACCUGAUAUUUUUCCACAACAUGUGCUGGUUCAGGCCAUAUCUUGGGAUGUUCUAAAGGAACUCAAAAUGAAACUUGGUAUAUGGAUUGAUUGCAAUGACAUUAUAAAAUGUUUGAAGAUCCAUAUUCAGGCUACAAGCAAUAUUCCUCGUCUACUGAUUGUUCUGAAUUUCAAUAGCUGCAUUUUAAUUUCAUUUUUCAUUUUACUUAUUCUAUUUUCACUGGAAUUUUGGGGUUCUUUUUAUUAACUAAACAUUAAAAUAUUUAUUAUUUCUUUGGCUACAACCAUUAACCUUCUACCUGCACACUGUAUUACAAUUUCUGCCUUUUUAUAGAAACUUGGCUUUUGGGGAGCAUCCUUCGCUUCCAGUGAUAGUCUUGUUCCAUCUGUACCAGAUAUGCAUGAUAGAAUAUAUUUAAAAUAUUAGAUUCAAAUUGAUCUUAAGAUCCUUCUCUAAUACAGUCCAUGGGAAGUAUGUUUUGCUUUUUGAGAUCUGAACGUGAUGGUAGUUGAUGCACGUUCACCUACAUGUGUAUCAAUAUUAUAUUUGAUUUACGGUUAGGUUAUGAUCAUAAUCUGACAGGAGUAAAAAAAGGAAAUGCUCCUUUUUAUAAUUUUUUUUCAAAUUAUUCCAUUUUCUCUGGAAUUUUGGUGUUCCUUUUAUUAAAUAUCUAAACUUAUAAAUAUUUAUUAUUUCUUUACUUUUUCAUUUGAUUUAUAAAUAACAGGGAAAAUAGUUUGUGAAGUAAGACAUUAUUUUGAAUUUAUCUUUGAUGUCUUCCGCUGUUGCAGCUCCAGUCAAAUGUUUCAAAUUAAUGAAUACUUCAGUUUAAAUAUAUUUGUCAGCUUUUUCUUGUACCUUAUGUCUAAAUCAGCUUUGUAUUACACCAAACCGUGAACCUUGUGGAAGGUUUGCAUUGGUUACAGACUUUAUAUUCACAUUUUAGAUUAUUUUCAAUUUUGUCAAUUAUAUAAUUAUUCAGAAUUUAAAAGUUGCUCAGUACUUUCCUAAGUGCUUUUACUCAAAUUAACUCUUGGAGUCUAGUUCAACCAUUUAAUUAUUAGAAUAGUCAAAGUUUUAUUAUAUUAAAGUUACAUUGUGUUAGAAAUACUUUUAAUGAUUAUUUUAUAUUAAGGUUGUACAAUAUUUGUAUGUUAUGUUUCUGUGUGGGAUAUAAAAACUGUGCAUGAAGUGAUGAAGGGUUCAUAAUGUACCUCUGGGUACAUGUAUUUCUGUAUUUAUGUUUUACAAAUAAUGUUUUGACCAAAGUGAGCUCAAAAUUUAUUUAUUUACAGUAAAUUUGCUGUGGAUACAUAUAGUUAUGAAGUGAAUUUUUGAUGUGGACUUCUUAAAAGCAUCUUUGAUUUAAUUUCUAUUGGUGGAAAAAAUGUGCACAUUUACAGUUAUACAGACUAUACAGUAUACAAUGAAUACAUCUGCAAAUAAGUUAUAACUGAUUAGAAAUAUGAUAAACAAUCAGGAGAUUUGUAGCUUAAAAUUAUACCAUAUAUAUAUAAUAGUUAUUUGUAUUUAUUCCAGUUGUUGCAUCCCACACAGAUUUUUGAUUGUAACUAUUUCGACCAUCUUUUUCGACUUUCGACCUGAAGUUUCGGCUUACUUUCGAUUAGAUAUGGAUAGGUCUCAAAAAACAUCCUUUUGUAGGGAAAAAAAUGUUAAUGAAAUGAAUUGUUGUAAUAUUUUUUACUUAAAAACAUUUUUACCGAAUUGUACAUUCUGAUUGCAUAACGCUGCUUCAUUAUAUGCUGCUUCAUAUUACACUUAAGUUACAUGUAUGUGUUGAGAACCUGAGAACACACAGAAAUACAACGUGUAGUUCAAAAGCUGAUUAAAAAUAAACACGCUUCGGCUUUAUGGUUCUUUAAGACUGUAGAAAUAUUGCUUCGUAUAUUUCCUACAAAAAAACUUCUUGAUGCCUAUCCAUGAUCUUAUUUUAACAAACUAGAGGUCUUUCAAAGGAAGUUUAAUGCAGUUGAAACCUAACAAGUUGGUGAUUAUCUGCAUUUAGCAAUAAUGUUUUCAAAUUUGAUAUUCAUUUGCUUGUACAUUGUUUAUAGCCUGUAUUUUAUGCUAUACAAGUACGUUAUUAGUGCUGAUAUUAUUCAUGUAUAUUAUAAAUAUGUAUCCAUACCGUGUGGAUUGGUGUGUUAACCCAUUUCUUUUGGUUUUAUUAACGUCUAUUUUGGUAUUUAGCAUGUACUUGGACAUGACAUUUUUAGCUUGUCUAUUUUUAUCAUAGCCUUGGUGUCAUUGUCGUCACCUUUUACCAUGGUCAUUGAAGGAACUUGCACAUGUUACAAGAGACAGUAUGCAUUGUGUAGCCAAGUCCAUAACUCUAGCAAUAAUAAUUGUGGAGUUAUACCCUUUUUUACCUCAAACAAUAGACGAGCAUUAGCAUUCACUUGUGGUGCUCUUGUUUUAUUUUAUUAUUUCGUGCGAGUUAUUGUAUACAUUAUGUCAGGGCUUUUUCAUCAUCUUUAGUAGAGCAGAAAUUCGGCUUCUUACCAAUUGAAAAAUGUGUGUAUUUAUUCUCAUUUUCAGCCAUUUUGUUUCCCCAGAAAUACAGAAAAUAAUAUUAACAAAUUGUACUCAUGGAAUCAUUGUUUGUACUGAUGUUAUAGCUUUGUUUGUUUUUCUUCCAUUAUUUUAAAUAUAUGAGUUGGAAGCCAUAAUGUCAUAUAUUUUACCAUUUUGAAGCGUUUAAGCAGUAAAAAUUGCCAAAAUGAAUUGGCCAGGUCUCUCACCAAUUUUUGCGGAAAAAGCCCUGUAUGUUUUUUUGCAUGUUAUUGUUUCUUUUGUUACAGAGCUGAACGGUUGCCUUAUUAAUGAGAACUGCUACAAAUAAAUAGAAUGCUUAGUGUUGCACAAACAAUAACAAGCUAUGCAAUGUUUAUUUAAUUGUGAGCAGGGUAUACUGUGACCCUCACAUUAUAAAAAAAAAUAUUUGUGAAAUAAGAGAAGUGAACAAUUUUAGACAAUGUGAGGUUUUGCUAUAUAUCGAGCAUGCAUCACAACCAUAUACACUUUUAUAUAGUGUUAUAGCACUUGUCUACGUAAGGCCAGGCCAAAUUCAUUCAAUGUUAAGUGUCAUCACAUGGGUAGGCGUAGUUCAAGAUAAACUGAAUUUCUAGAGGAUUGAUAACAAAAAUAAUGAUUUUUUUCCAGAAAUAUAUAAUCUGCAAGAACUUCAAUUUAUAAUUGUCCAGACCAUGUUAUGCUAUAUAGUAUCCCCCAUAAAUGUGUUGACAUGUUGUUUUUUAGUUGUCUGUCGGUCCGGGCCAAAAUAGGUGUUCAAGGGGCUGUGUCCUUUAGGGUUAGGAGCAAUUUGGUUAUGUUUUCUAUUGAAAAAAACACAAAACUACACAUUUAAAGGACUUUUGUUAAAGAAGGAAUAACCCCAUAAACCAGAAAUGUUCAUAUAUCUAUCCUUCUGUCCAUUGCAAAUUGUGUCAGCUCCAUACACAUUAAAGCCAUAUCCCCCGGCGGGGGAAAAAUCCCCCGGAAUUUCGAUCCAUCCCCCGGUCUCCCGGCGUGAGAUAAAAAUCCCCCGGAAUUGUAAAAUUUCUAAAAAAAAAAUAAUUUUUUUUUUAGAAAUUUUACAUUAGGCAAUAAUGACAAAGUAAGUGAAACCACAGUAUGUGACUGAAUGUAAAGAAACAACUCCACAAGGGUGAAAUGCCAAAAGGAAACUUUUACAACAAGAGAUCAAUUAAUUUGUAGUAAUUAUCAAAGGCAAAGAAAUAUUACUCUUUUGGAAGGAAGAAAUUAAUAAUAUUUAUUCUAUUCUCUUAUUGUCUGAAAGUCAUCAAGCUGAUAGAAUUAAGCAUAAUUUUUUUUUAAAAGACUUUGGAGGAAGGUAAAUUUAAUUUAAUUGUCUCGAAAACAUAUUUUUCCAAUGACAUAUUUUGUUCUGAAAGUGCAUUACAGUAUGACAUGACAGUGUAUCAUAAGAAUAUGAUAAAUCAUGACAUAGAAUAAUUCUGUAUAAUGAAAAAGUUAAGAGGUUUUCAAAGCAAACUAUAUGUGAAUACAUUUUUUCGUACUUGCGUCUAAAAUACUUUAAAAUUUCGCCAACUUAGACCUGCUAAAAAAAUCCCCCUGAAUACAACCAAAAUCCCCCUGAAUUUUCAGCCUUUUUUAACAAAUCCCCCUGAAUGGUCUCCAGAAAAUAUGGCAUGUAUGCAUACAGUAUCUCUUGAAACACUUGAGGGAUUUUGGAAUAACUUCUACAUAUGUUCACCAUAUUGAGACAUUUCGAGUCCCCUCCAUAUAAUUCGAACCACUUGAAGGAUUUCCAAAUAACUCUCCACAAAUAUUCACAAUAUUGAGACAUUGUGUGCAGAGGAGGAGACAUUAGUUUUUACAAAAACAACUAUCUAGUUUGUAUAUUUAUUUGUUAAAAGGGAGUCAGAUCUGUUGGUUUUUUUGUUUCUCCUGCCUGGUAGUGGGUAGCUUUUGAAUUUGGAACCAGGCACUAAACAUAAUAUUAACUUUGAAUGGCCUCGGUAGUUCUACAUGUAGUAUCCAAGUUCAUUAUGACAUUAUUUAUUAAUAUACUUACUCGUAUGAGUAUCUCAAUUCUAAUAUAUUUACAUGUUAACCUAGGGCCUCUGGGCUAAACCGCCUCUUAUGAAACCAUGCUUGCCUGCUUAAGACGGACAAAGAUGAAUCAUAUUAUUUUAAGAUGAGACUGUGAUCUUGAAUUUAUUUGUUGAUCGAAGCAAUCUUAAUCCUUGGCCAUUCUAGAAAUUAGUUAAGAGUGUACUUACUAUCAUACAUAUAUUGUUAUAAUGGCUGGAAUAAUGGCUCACCGCAAGAUGAAUGUAAAUUCUUGUAAUUUUACACAAAGUUACAUCUGUGUUGCACUGGUUCCUGGGUUUGUGUACUAUGUAGUUUAUUAAUGUAUACAUACAUGUAUAUUCUACUUAUCAAUAGAAUGUGUGGAUAGUCCGAGAGUCACAUGGAUCUAUACCAUUAACAUCAUGUACAUUUGUCCGAUACCAUGCUUUUAAUUCAGAUAAUGUUGCUUUGCUUGGUUGUGUAAUUAUGAUAUUCUGGUUACAAGAAUUGCGCCUGUUUUUCAUAGUUUUAAAUAUUUUCAAAAUUUUACUAUUUUUUCCAAAGUAAAAAAAACAGUAAUUUACUUUCAAGCACAUUAAAAAAAAUAGUAUAAUUUUAAAAUAAGCAGGUCUUUUGGCUAGUCAUGAUUUCUUAUAUAUAUAUAUACAGAUUUGAGAAUAUUCAAAUAAAAUGUAAUCUC